AUGGAAACUUUUGGUACUAUUCCACCACCACCACCACUACCACCCCGUCUAGAAUUACGACGACAACGAGCACCACCACCACAACCACCACCUCCACCACCACCACCACCACCACCUCCACCACCACGGUUAGGACCACGACUACGACUACGACUCCUACCACCACCACGACAACAACUACUACGAUUACGAAAGCAACAGCCACUAGUACUACCUGAACCAUUGCCAUUACGACCACGGGCGAUUCCUUGGCUUACUGGACAUGAUGUCAAAAAAGGAAAAUCUUAUGACAAGUUGAGAGAAUACGUCGAAAAUGUCCGUAGACAAAACGAAGAAUCCGAACGUGUCGUUUUACCCAAAAGUAUCAGCUAUGAAGACCAAAACUUGGAGAACCAGCAAGACACUCGUUCUAAACCUGGAAUAAACGAGGUGGUCGAAGGGAGCGGGACCAAACGACUUGAGUGGGUGAUCUCAAUAAAAGACAAGCUCGAGCAAGCAUACAGAAACGAUGACAGAACUAGCUGGGGCAAGCUCUGUAUAUACAAAGUUCCACAUUACCUACAUGGAAACGACAAGAAGUCGUAUUUCCCUCAGACUGUCUCACUUGGUCCAUAUCACCAUGGGAGACAGCAAACACAGUCCAUGGAGUGCCAUAAAUGGCGUGCCGUCAAUAUGGUAUUAAAACGUACGAACCAAGGCAUUGAAGUGUUUCUUGACGCCAUGAUAGAGCUGGAGGAGAAGGCUCGUGCUUGCUACGAAGGUUCCAUUGUUUUGAGCAGUAACGAGUUCACAGAAAUGCUUCUUCUUGAUGGCUGUUUUAUUCUCGAGCUCCUCCAAGGAGUCAAUGAAGGAUUCUUGAAACUCGGAUAUGAUCAUAACGAUCCAGUUUUCGCGGUUCGAGGAUCGAUGCAUUCGAUUCAACGUGACAUGAUAAUGCUGGAAAAUCAACUUCCUUUGUUCGUACUCAACCGGUUAUUAGAGUUACAACCCGGUACACAGAACCAAACUGGUUUAGUGGAAUUAGUGGUUCGGUUCUUUAUUCCUCUAAUGCCAACGGCCGAGACGUUGACCGAGAACUCGCCUCCAAGAGGCGUAUCCAAUGGAGAGUUGCACUGUCUUGAUGUUUUCCAUCGAAGUCUGCUCUUCCCAAGAUCAUCCGGAAAGGCAAAUUACUCACGCGUGGCUGACAAACACCUACAACGAGUGAUACCUACCGUGACCGAACUAAGAGAUGCCGGUUUUAAGUUCAAGCUAAAUAAAACCGAUCGGUUUUGGGAUAUUAAAUUCAGCAAUGGUUACCUGGAGAUACCCGGUCUACUUAUCCAUGAUGGUACCAAAUCUCUAUUCUUGAAUCUCAUUGCUUUCGAGCAGUGUCAUAUCGAGUCGAGCAAUGAUAUAACAUCCUACAUAAUAUUUAUGGACAAUUUAAUAGAUUCUCCUGAAGAUAUUAGUUAUUUGCAUCACUGUGGUAUUAUUGAGCACUCGCUAGGAAGUAAUUCUGAAGUUGCGGAUAUGUUCAACCAGUUAUGUCAGGAAGUGGUUUUCGACACCAAAGAUAUUUAUCUAUCUCAAUUGUUGAUUGAGGUUCAUCGCUGUUAUAAACAAAACUACUCCAGGAAGUUGAAUUCUUUGAAAACGACCUUGAUACUCAAGUACUUAGAUAACCCUUGGGCAUAUUUGUCUUUCUUUGCUGCAGUUAUUCUACUAAUUCUUACAUUCUCUCAAAGUUAUUUUGCUGCUUAUGCUUAUUUUAAUCCGUCUUCAUAACU